AUGGAGAUGUUUGCAUUGCAUGAGACUACAAAACAGAUAAAACUUUUUGUUAGUGUAGAAGCAGUUGUGGUUGACUUACCCCCAUUGUUACCUACUCUUCAUCCACUUGUUAUUGACAGUGAAACUCUGAUGGAUAAUGUUUUUGGGAAUGAUGCAUCAAAUAUUAGGUUGAUGGAGAUGUUUGCAUUGCAUGAGACUACAAAACAGAUAAAACUUUUUGUUAGUGUAGAAGCAGUUGUGGUUGACUUACCCCCAUUGUUACCUACUCUUCAUCCACUUGUUAUUGACAGUGAAACUCUGAUGGAUAAUGUUUUUGGGAAUGAUGCAUCAAAUAUUAGGUUGAUGGAGAUGUUUGCAUUGCAUGAGACUACAAAACAGAUAAAACUUUUUGUUAGUGUAGAAGCAGUUGUGGUUGACUUACCCCCAUUGUUACCUACUCUUCAUCCACUUGUUAUUGACAGUGAAACUCUGAUGGAUAAUGUUUUUGGGAAUGAUGCAUCAAAUAUUAGGUUGAUGGAGAUGUUUGCAUUGCAUGAGACUACAAAACAGAUAAAACUUUUUGUUAGUGUAGAAGCAGUUGUGGUUGACUUACCCCCAUUGUUACCUACUCUUCAUCCACUUGUUAUUGACAGUGAAACUCUGAUGGAUAAUGUUUUUGGGAAUGAUGCAUCAAAUAUUAGGUUGAUGGAGAUGUUUGCAUUGCAUGAGACUACAAAACAGAUAAAACUUUUUGUUAGUGUAGAAGCAGUUGUGGUUGACUUACCCCCAUUGUUACCUACUCUUCAUCCACUUGUUAUUGACAGUGAAACUCUGAUGGAUAAUGUUUUUGGGAAUGAUGCAUCAAAUAUUAGGUUUGAUGGUGCUAGUGUCGAAGUUGGGAAUAUGAACUCUGUACAUGGCGAUGCCCAGGAUAGUGACAAUGGUGACUUUGAAGAUGAUGAUGUAUAUGGAUUGAUUGCAGAGGAUGGUGACUAUGGAGAAGAAAAUGUGAUCUCCAACCAUGAGUAUAGGGAAGAGAUAGAUCUAGACUAUCGUGAUGAUGUGUUAUCGGAUUAUGAGUCGGGGGAUGAUGAUCUUAGUCAUUCUAGCUUAGAGUCGGAUGAUAAUGUGGACAAGAGAUGA